GACAAACAUCAUUGGCAUCUUAUUCUUUUGCAUAAUUUAAGCCCACCCCUCUCUCCCUCUCUCUCCCUCUCUCUAUCAAAUUGUAAGUAGCAGCAGAGAGAAUCAGAAGUUGUAAUGAAUCAAACAGUACUAGUAGUCAUUAGUUUGAUCAGAUUUGAGUUCCAGACUCCCAUCAGUCCCAUGCUAGCUUUAGCCUAGCUUCUCUCCUUGCCACCUCACCAUCCCAAUUCAACUCUGAAAAAGCCUGUGCACAACUCUUACUUCUCUCCAACUUCUUGGGAUUGGUGCCCUCUCUUCAUCCUCCAUCCCAAAGAUUUCCUGUGGGCCUCCCCUCCCUCCUGCCUGCAUGCCUCUGUCUAAAAGAAAAGGAGAUAUCAGAGUCAUCAAUCAAUACUAGAACAACAUAGUUAGUUGUGCGUCAAGAACAUAAAAAAGGUUCAUUUAUCCUUUUUGUGUGUGUUUGGUUGAUGUAUGGCUGGUGAUCAAGAAAAGGCAAGAUCAAACAACAUGGUUCCAUCAUCCAGGGAGGACUAUUCGUGUUUCGAAGAUCAGACGGCACCGCAUCUGGUGAGGCAAUUGCAGAGCUUUAAUGAUCAUCAGUCCAACAAUCCUACCGAGAUUUAUAAUUUGACUACAAGCAUGGAGAUGAUAAAUUUCCCUCAGACUAGUAAAAAUCUUGAUACUAAUUCGGUUUUCUGGAAAGGGUUUUCUGGUGAUGCUGGUGGCUCGUCCUCUUCGUCGAAGGCUUUGGUGAGUAUUAAUGAGCCGACGACGACAAGUCAUGAUAUAUAUCAUCAGCAGCAAGAUGAGUUCAAUACGAAGGCCAGUUUCGGAAAUGAGAGUAAUUUUAUGCUUAUGGAUGAUCAGAAUGAUCCUGCGAAUAUGAGGUCGUGUCAUGUAUUUCUUUGUGGAGCAAAUGAAAGGCCUAGUCAGGGUCUUUCGUUAUCUCUUAGUUCGAAUAAUCCAUCUUCUAUUGGAUUACAGUCUUUCCAACUAAGGCAUCAAGAACAUGAUCAAGCUGGUAAUGAUCACAUGAGGUUUGAUCAUGAGUUCUUGGGACCGAAAUCUGUGCAACACCAUCAUCAGCAACAAGUGAUGCAAGAUGGUUACUUGGAAAAAGUUGCUCCCACCAAUAUACUGCAAUAUCAGCAUCAGCAACAAGGAGGUCAUCAGUUUCAGAUAAGGAGUUCGAAGUAUUUGGGUCCGGCUCAACAGCUGUUAAAUGAAUUUUGUAAUCUUGGAACGAGUAGAAAUGGCCAUGAUCAUCAUCAUGAAUCAAAGAUGCAAAAGACUCAGAAACUCAACCAGUGGAAUCAAGUUGAUGAUGAGAAUAUUGGAACUAGUUCGUCUCUAAACAAACAUUCUUUAUAUUCCCUUGAAUUUCUUGAAUUGCAGAAAAGAAAAACAAAGCUGCUUCAGAUGCUAGAGGAGGUGGAUAGAAGAUACAAGCACUACUGUGAUCAGAUGAAAGCUGUGGUGUCCUCAUUCGAAGCGGUGGCCGGUAAUGGCACAGCUACGGUGUAUUCAGCCUUGGCUUCGAAGACAAUGUCAAAGCAUUUCAGAUGCUUAAGAGAUGGAAUUGUAGGUCAAAUUAAGGCAACAAAGAAAGCUAUGGGAGAGAAAGAGACAGCACCACCAGGGGGCACCCGCGGUGAAACCCCCAGACUUAGGGUUCUUGAUCAAACUUUAAGACAACAGAGAGCUUUCCAGCAGAUGAACAUGAUGGAAACUCAUCCGUGGAGGCCUCAACGUGGCCUACCGGAGCGAUCUGUCUCUGUUCUUAGAGCUUGGCUCUUUGAGCAUUUCUUGCACCCGUAUCCAAGUGAUGUGGAUAAACACAUAUUAGCCCGCCAAACUGGUCUCUCCAGAAGCCAGGUGUCUAAUUGGUUCAUAAACGCCAGGGUGAGACUGUGGAAGCCCAUGGUGGAAGAAAUGUAUGUAGAAGAAACAAAGGAACAUGAGAACAACAUGCAUGGUAAUGCAGAUUCCCCAGAUCACGGAGUCCCGAAUCUUGAUCCUCAUGACAACAAUGAUCUGAUCAACGACAUGAAUCCACACAAUGAGGAUCACAAACCGACACAAGAUCAGCUCGUUCGUAUAGACUCAGAAUGCCUGUCUUCAAUCAUCAACCACCCUGAGAGAAACGAAGCCAAACACAUUCAAGAUCACCUGCACCAGCACCAUCAGCAGCAGUUUGGUCGAAUUUCCGACACAUUUGGAGCCGUUGAGCUGGACUUUUCAGCGUACAAUCACCAAAAUAAUUUCACUAAUGCCAGCGGUGGUAAUGGAGGGGGUGUUUCGCUGACACUGGGCUUGCAGCAGCACGGCGGGCUAGCAUUCUCGCCGACAUCUCAAAGCUCACUUUACUAUCCAAGAGAGCAGAUUGAGAACUGCCAGCAAGUUCAAGUUCAGUAUUCAUCACUGCUUGAUGCAGGCGAAACACAGAAUUUGCCGUAUCGGAAUCUGAUGGGUGCACAAUUGCUUCAUGACUUGGCUGGAUAAUGAAGUAGCUAGACAUAAUUACAAUAUCGGUUAUGAUUCUCGGCAAAACAAACGAUAUGGAGACAUAUUACUAGCUAUGAUAUGUGUAGUAUAAGUACAUAAAGUCUGGUAGCUACCUAGUUUAGACACAUUAUGCAUGAUAGUACUAUGCUUCUUAUAUGUGCUGAUUUUGAAUGCUUAAUUUAUUAGCAGCAUAAUAUAUUAAUAUAUUAAUGAAUAUUGUUAUCAUUGGGAUUUCUGGACACAA